AUGCGGAGCAGACAUGGAGCAUUCACGGCUCCCUCGCAUACCACCAAGCGUGACGCCUCGAGCUUCAAGGGGACGUACGUAGCCUACGGCGUGGCCAAAAAACUGUUCGCCGCGUGUGCGGAACAGGCAGACUACACCAUAUCGGAGGAUCUCAAGAAAGCAGGGAAUAUACCCAAGACGCCGUCAGGCGAAGAUAUAGGAGAAGGCAGCGGUUGGUGGCACAAAGAACUGGGCCUUCUCCCUACAUUCUCCUCGUGGUCACAAGUUACCUUCCUGCACAUGUACCUCAUAACCGUCCGAUUACGCGGGUUAUCCUCGCCUGAAAGCGUCCAGACAUACAACAGGUACCUAUUCGAACACUUCUCGCACGAGGCGGAACGACGCAUGGACGUGCUUCACGGUAUAACAUCACGAAGUAUCCGUGUCUCAUAUCUCAAGGAUCUAUUCGUACAAUGGCGAGGUGUAUUGGCUGCAUACGAUGAGGGACUGGUCAAGGGAGACGCCCAGCUCGGGGCCGCUGUCUGGAGGAACCUGUUCAAAGGCCUGCCAACUGAUCAUAACGGCAAUGAGCUCGACUGGGCCAAGGUCGCAAACGUCGUGCUCUACAUGCGGCGGUCGCUGGACAAGAUGUCCACGAUGAACGAGAUGGACGUCCUGACCCAGUUUGCAAGGGGAACAGGGGCUGAGGCGUUCUUUGACACAGCUGGCGGCGUGUCGAUAGAUCCGGAGAGCCACGAUAUGGAGCUGCCCGGGAUCGGGCUCCGUAUGCUGAAGGGCGGCGAAUCGAAGCAAAGGAUAUGA